AUGUUGACAAAGAAGGCUCUUCCAAAACCAUGUUCGGAUAGAUUUCUGCUAACUGCACAUAUAAAUAGGAGCAGAGGGCUGGUCACCUCUGUAACCACCGGCAGCAGCAGCAGAAGCCGCAGCUCACCCCUCUUAACUCGUCGCCUCCUCUUUCUUCCUUCUGCAUCUCUCUCCUCGCCCCCUUCUCUCGGUGUCACGCUCCCUCCUAGUUCUGAGCGUCUACAAACUUUUGAACAGAACACUGGCCUCAGCACACAAGUCCCUCAGCUCCUCCUGCUCGUUGCUGCGGCUUCUGCUCAGACACUAACGCCAGACGGUGAUGCCUCUUGGGUUGUGACUCCAGCGCAGAAACUUGGAGAAGCCCUUUGCCCGCCGUCCUACUUGGCAGCAAACCCUCUCCUGGCAGCGGUAAGAGUUGAAUGAAUGACCAUGUGUAGCGGAGUGAGGCUGGCCCUGCUGGUCUACGGGAUAAUAAUGCACAGCAGCGUCUAUUGCUCACCGGCCGCCGCCGGACUCCGGUUUCCUGGGAUCAGGCCGGAGGACGAGGCGUACGACGAGGACGGAAACCCGCUGCAGGACUUCUAUGACUCGGCUCCACCCGGCGUGGGGAGCCCCGCCUCCGCGCUGCGCGACGCCUACGCGCUCUACUACCCGGCGGAGGAAAGAGAUUUCGCCCACGGGAUCCUUAACAAGGCCUACCGCAAAGUGUUGGACCAGCUGUCCGCCAGGAAAUACCUGCAGACGCUCACGGCCAAGGGCUUGGGUGGCAACCUGGGCGGCGGCGCGGACGACGACUCGGAGCCGCUCUCCAAGCGCCACUCGGACGGAAUCUUCACUGACAGCUACAGCCGCUACCGGAAACAAAUGGCUGUUAAGAAAUAUUUGGCGGCCGUCCUAGGGAAAAGGUACAAACAAAGGGUUAAAAACAAAGGACGGCGAAUAGCCUAUUUGUAG